UAGAAGUAGUCUUGACGAUAACAGUUUUCCUUUAGAUGAGAAAAUGGCCGCCCUGUGAGCGUGUUGAACAUCAACAAGAAAAAAUACCACAGAGUUGCAAGCGCUUAUGUUGUGACGUGUUAAUCUUGUGUGAACAAAGGACAUCUAGGUAACCAUGACAACAGCUGCCAGACCUACCUGGGAUACAGCCCGCGGUGGACGGGGCAAAGGUGAAGGUGACUUGAGUGCUUUGUCUAAACAGUACUCCAGUCGAGAUUUACCCUCUCACACCAAGCUUAAGUACAGGCAAGAAGGUCAGGGAACCAUAGAUGAAACAAGUAGGCGUGACUUCCGCCGUGAACUCGAUGACCGAGAGCGAUCAGCCCGGGAGAAGAGAGACAGGAACAGGGAUUCCUCCUCCAGCAGCAAGCGUCCUCGUCUGGAGCAGAUUCCUGCCGCCAACCUGGAUGCUGAUGACCCAGUGGACGAUGAAGAUGAGGACGAUGACUCUGAUGAUGAGGAUGACACAGCAGAACUCCUAGCAGAGCUGAACAAAAUCAAGAAGGAGAGAGCCACGGAGAGGGCCAAGAUGGACGCUGAUCGUAAACAGGAGGAGGAAAGGAUCCGCACAGAGAACAUCCUCCGUGGAAAUCCCCUCAUCAACAAGGAUGGAGAGAAACCUGUGACAGAAUUUAAAGUGAAAAGGAGAUGGGACGAUGACGUGGUCUUCAAGAACUGUGCUAAAGGGGAGGAAGAGCGCAAGACGAGGGGCUUCGUCAAUGACACGCUCCGAUCAGAGUUUCAUAAAAAGUUUAUGGAGAAAUAUGUGAAAUAACAGAACGUGUUACAAACUUGGAUAAAGACUUUGUGUUGCAACAUGGCUGAUAAAACUGGAUAUCUCACUCAUCACAGUACUCCCUAUUGAUGUUGUGACAUUUGGUUACCAUGGUAGUUGUCAGUAACCAAGACAACCUUCUGAUACUGUAUUCCUGAUGACAGUGAUGAGUGGACAGAAAGGUAAUUAAAACCAAAUUCCCAUCAAAUCAGAAGCCACACUAGUGUUCUUGUGAAACGGCCAUUUUGUCUGCCCUGUCAAGGGGAGAUAAUCUGUCCUGCGAGUGGAGAGCCGUUCAUUCAUCAACUUCAUUUCUUUGUGAAUGUCAUCUAUACAACUCACACCCUGAGAGUGAGAGAGAAUGCCUGGGUCACUAUAGUAUCAUCUUUACAAUGUUUACAUCUUACUUGGCAAGAGGGGCGGUCGGGUAGCCUGCCGUGAUAUUGCUGGAAUAUUGCUAAAAGCGGCGUAAAACAUAAUCACUCACUCACUCAGUCACUACUUGGAAAGAGAAACUGUUAGAUGUAACCUGUCCUGCAUUAGAGCUGUAAGCUGCAUUGAAGACGACCCGGACAGGAAAUGACAAUACAUGUACAGUUACAUGCCUUCCUUUGCAUAACUGUUUAAGAAUCAUCAAUGAAAACAUGGCCGGUCAUUUUUUUAGGGUAGUAUUUGUACAUUGGCUAACGGAUAUGACUGUGACACUAUUAAUGUUCUAUGUUCUGUGGAAGGUCUGAGCGUGGGUGUGACUUGAUGCUGUUGUUGCAUAUCUGUGUUUAUUGUGUCUAAUAUGUCAAAUAAAAUAAAAUAAUA